AUGCCACCAAAACUACUUAAACGUCCUGUUUCUGCUAAACAACAGACAAAGCUACAGCCAAAGACAAAACAGAAGGGAAAGGGUAAGGUCCAGACUGUUGUGGAGGCCCCUAAGACAGCACAAGAUCUUGUACUCAACCAAAAACAAAGUCUCGAGUUGGUUAAGAUUGGUGUCAAUGCUGCUUUUAUGAGCGGCACAAACAUUCCCAAGAACCUCAACUUAAUGGAAGCUGGCGAUGAAAUCCUUUCUUUCAACACCAUUGUGCGAGGAUCGGGAAACCAGGGUGCCGAAAAACUACUUGAUUGGCUUGUAUUUCACCAUGUUCGAAUCCAUGAUUGGACAAUGUGA